AUGCACAUAGAGUUGUGUAAGUCCUUCACCGUCACCUUCUCGUAUAUUCCCACAAAAAAGAACCCUGCCGACCUCGCUUCUAGAGGUAGUACUGCUUCCUCAUUGAAGUCAGAUACUCUGUGGUGGACGGGACCAUCAGUAUGUAGAGAAUCCCCUAGUCCUUUCAAGCCAGAUGAAGCUCCUUUUUCAUUCCCUCUCUCCACACCUACUCCUUCCGUUUCCGUCCUAACCAUGACCGCAACGAUCCAAACAGAAGACCCGUUAGAUCCCAUUUCUUACUUCCUCCUAUCCUAA